AAUGAAAAAAAAAAAAGAUAUAUAAAAGGAAGCAAAAUUUGCUUUUAAAAUUUCUCAAUAACAAUAAACAAAACUAAAUAAAUAAAAAUGAAGUUCUCAUCUAUCCUCGCUAUUGCUCUCUGUGUUGCUGUCGUCUCUGCUGCUCCUCGUGGUGGUAAUAGAUAUAAUAGAGAAGAUAACAGCAAGAAUGCAAACAAAUCUAUUCAUCAAUCAAUUGGAAGCGUUGGCUCAACUGGAAAGACUGGCCUUUUGAGUGGUGUCCUUGCUGGUGGUGUCCUUGCUAAAAACACUAAUUCCAACACUGUUAAUCAACAAGCUAAUAUUAGUUAAAUACGCGUUUAAAUAUCCGUCAACUGUGUGCUUUUAUACUUUGUCAUUCUAUUUUUUUUUUUCCUUCUUUCUCUUUUUUCUUUUUUUUUUUUU